AAAAAUUCUAUGAAAUUGGAAUCCUGUUGUGAUAAUAGAACUUUGUGAAAUUAAGUAUCAGGAAACGGGAAACUAGAAAAUUCUGUCCAAGAAAUUGCGUUUUAUUUAAAGUACCGGGCCGACCUUUUGGCAAAGGGGCAGUGCACUGGCACUUGUCCCCACCCCCCUCCCAACGAGAGAACUGUAUCUAGAAUGAAAUUGAAAAUCUAGUGAAAGAAACUACUGAGAAAGAACGAAACUUCUCCAAAAAAUCAAAACAUCGGAAUGAAAUGCUGGAAAACAAAGUGUUGCUAUUUUGAAGAAAACUUCAAGAAAAAGAAAAAUCGACAGUGUUUGGCAAUUUAUAAGAACCAAAAUGAUUGGGCAGAGUACAGCAGAAAAUAUGAUCUCCUUUCCGUUAAAAUUCAAAGGGAGUAUGCGAGUAUACCGUGCAAUGAAGCGUCCAGGGCAAAGUCCAAGUUUAUCCAGCCAACACUCACCAAACAUUCAAGCCAUGGACACUGCACUGCAGGACUCUGACUCAGGACUGGAAAUUAAGGAUGAGUUUCAUCCUUCUGAGGACAUUGAGGACAACAAGGACAAGAACAUGGACGAGGACAGUGGUGAACUAGAGGACAAGAUGAAGGACAAGGAAGAAGAUGAUGAAGAUGUGGAGAUGGAACAUCAGGAGAAUAAUACAGAGAACACCUUUAGCCAUGACAACACUGACACUUUCAAAGCUGAAGCAACUCCUGAUCCUGACUCUACUGAACACCCAUCAACAGCCCCCAGAGCUAAUCCAGUUUCAGAAGAAGAGAUACAUGAAGAAGUUGCUACCCGAGCUGAAGACGUGGCGGAAGCUGAUAUUACAAGCAGCUCAGAUAUACCUAACAAUUCGUAUUCUUUAGCAGAAGAAUACCAAACAGAUCAUCCUCUUGAACUCACUAAACAUACUGAUAGAGAAGUUAAACUUGAAGAUGUUCCUGCCAUUCCUGACCUUCUUCCUGCAGGUGAAGGAGGAGCCUCUACCCUGCAAGAGAAUCCGUAUAGUUUAGAAAGUAUUCCCCAGGUGGCGAGCUAUGUGGAAUAUACUAUUUCGGAUUCUAAAGACACAGUGCAGGUUGAAUACCUUGGUUCAGCUGAUGUGCCGGGUAUAACGGCUGAAGGUCGAGUAGAAUAUGUUACUUUAGGAUAUCCCGAGUUCUCAGUGCAGUAUCUUCAUGACUCAGCUAGUAGGCCUGACGCCCUGCAGACAGCACUACAAAGUGCGGAGGUGGAUAGGUUGGGGGAAAACCUUGGAGAGACGGGAAGGGAGCAGGAUGGCCUUGGAUUGCAUCUUCUUCAAACCAGACAUCUGGAUGGAUAUGAGAGAGGGUACUCCAGGGAUGGAUAUGAACGUGAACUAGUUCCUGGGUUUGAUGAUUCCCACGCUAUUCAGGAUCCAUAUUUUACUGUAAAGGAUGCUAGCAGAGAGUCCCCCAUGUACACAACACUAGAACCAGCUGGUGGAGUUUACGAUAAUAAAGCACAUUCUCCUAGAUAUGAAGAAUACACACCUCCACCAUCCUACCAUCUAUAUAGUAGAAAACCAUUUGAAUCCCUCUACCCUGAACCUUGGAGCACAGGAGCCGGACCGUACGAAACAUUUCCACAUCAACAUGGUUUGUCUUCAGCUGUUGUGGAAAAUAGUGAUUUGUUCAGCAAAAACCUUGGCAAAAUUGGUCUUUCUUGGGAACCUAUGGUAAAGUAA